UGCAAACGCACCAUCUGAUUCCGUAAACUCCUGAACAGCCUUUCGUGGCAUUACCCCUCCACACACCAGCGGUGUGUUGCAAAACCCGUGCACGCCAACUAGUCCUGUUGUGAUAUCUGCAAAUAUGAUGUUGACUACAUUGAGACAACUAUCCCGGCCGCUGCGCCAGCGCACCCCGCUGGCUCUGUGUGUGCGCGGGCAGCAGUCCCACGCCGCGUCCCGGCCCGUGGAGGAGGAGCGGACGUGGACGGGGCAGGAGAGCCUGGCCGAGGACGACCCCGAGAUGUGGGCGCUGCUCAGGAGCGAGAAGGACCGGCAGUGUCGCGGGCUGGAGCUCAUCGCCUCGGAGAACUUCUGCAGUCGGGCCGCUCUGGAAGCCCUGGGCUCCUGUCUUAACAACAAAUACUCAGAGGGCUACCCAGGGAAAAGGUACUACGGAGGAGCGGAGGUGGUGGACAAGAUUGAACUGCUGUGCCAGAAGAGAGCCCUGGAGGCCUUCCGCCUGGACCCGGCCCUGUGGGGGGUGAACGUCCAGCCCUACUCCGGCUCGCCCGCCAACUUUGCCGCCUACACGGCCGUCCUCAACCCCCACGACCGCAUCAUGGGCCUGGACCUGCCCGACGGAGGCCAUCUGACCCACGGCUACAUGUCUGACGUGAAGAGGAUCUCUGCCACCUCCAUCUACUUUGAGUCCAUGCCCUACAAGCUCAACCCUGUGACAGGUCUCAUAGACUACGACCAGCUGGAUGCGACUGCCCGGCUGUUCAGGCCCAAGAUCAUCAUCGCUGGCACCAGUGCCUACGCCCGCCUCAUUGACUAUGCCCGCAUCAGGAAGCUGUGCACGGAGGUGAAGGCGUACCUGCUGUCUGACAUGGCCCACAUCAGUGGCCUGGUGGCGGCCGGGAGCAUCCCCUCUCCCUUCGACCACUCGGACCUGGUGACCACCACCACACACAAGUCCCUCCGCGGAGCCAGGGCCGGCCUCAUCUUCUACCGUAAGGGCGUCCGCUCCGUGGACAAGAAGGGCAAGGAGAUCAUGUAUGACCUGGAGGACAAGAUCAACUUCGCCGUCUUCCCCUCCCUGCAGGGCGGACCACACAACCACGCCAUCGCCGGUGUCGCCGUGGCCCUCAAACAGGCCCAGUCUCCCAUGUUCAAGGAGUACAUCGACCAGGUCCUGAGGAACUCCAAGGCCAUGGCCACAGCUCUGCUCAGCAAGGGCUACACCCUGGUCUCGGGGGGGACAGAGAACCACCUGGUGCUGGUGGACCUGCGGCCUAAGGGCAUCGACGGGGCCCGGGCCGAGAGGGUGCUGGAGCUGGCCUACAUCACCGCCAACAAGAACACCUGCCCCGGGGACAAGAGCGCCUUGACCCCCGGAGGCCUCAGGCUAGGCGCCCCAGCCCUGACCUCCCGGCAGCUGAAGGAGGCAGACUUUGUGCAGGUGGUUGAGUUCAUGGACGAGGGCUUCAAGAUCGCCCUGGAUGUCAAGAAGAAGACUGGAAAGCUGCAGGACUUCAAGAGCUUCCUACUGGAGGACUCUGAGACAGUGGCUCGCAUUGCAGCCCUCAGGCAGCGGGUGGAGGCCUUCUCUAGGCCCUUCCCCAUGCCGGGCUUCGAAGACCACUAGACCCACCACCCAACCAGCACCUCCACCUCCUAUCCGCACAACCAGCCUGAUCACGUGUCCUGGACGGAAAGUGGUAGAGAGGGAGGGAGUCAGAGAGAGGGGGGGGGGGGGGGUUUCUGGGGCGGUGGUACGCAUCAUUCCGGAGCCACAUUGACAUGGAUUCAACUCAACAUUUCAACUUUUAACAGCAAAAGAAAAAUACAAAAAAAAUACUUUUUCUAUAUUUUCAGCCAUUUAUCCUUUCCAUGUAUCGGCAAGGUGUUUUACUGUCGAGGUUGAGGGAGGGAACGCGACGGCUGCGACAUCAUCGUAACAUAAUUACCUUGUUAACAUCUGUUAGCUUCGUCGCGUGGCUACAUAGGAGGGGGAACAGGAGAACCAAACAGCAGCUCAGUGUUGUCAGAUGCCACGCUGAUGCAGUACGCUCAAGCCUAGUUUAGCAUCGGAUGAGCUGUGUUCGAAUCUCACCGCUGUCAGCUAACAUCUGCACUAAUGUGGCCAUUCUUUAUUUGCUUGGGGACUUCUAGACUUGGUUACCCAGCACCUUGAGGUUUGCUGUCUGUGUGUGGGCGGGCGGGCCGCCACAGCACAUAUGUAUAAAUGGAAACACAUGGCUGUUUCUUCUGCUGAGGUGCUCCAGGUCAAAGAGAAACUUUUUUUCAUUAUUGUAGCCAUUAUUUUAACAAGCCUGUUCGCCGGCUAUACCACUUUAUAUUGCAACUAUUUGGGGGUAUUUAAUCUAUAAAGAUGGCACACUUAUAAAUUGAGAUUAAAAGCGUCAAGCCUCAAACGUUGCUUUAUGGAACACUCCUAAUUUAAAAUGGUUCCAGUGUAGAGUUUUGAGAAAAUAAUUGUAACAACCCCAAAAGAGUAUUUUCCCCGCCCCUUGAUCCACCUCUUCUGUAUCCCUCUGGCAACUGCUAGUUAGACGAUGUAAUAAUAAUUGUCCUCCAUUUAUUUGUUUCUUUUUUUGACAGAAAAAUAACACAAUUUAAAACUGUGGGAAAGUCUCCCUGCAUGUAUUAGCAGUCCUGUGAUUUGCCUAUGUGUCACAAAUAAUGAGUACAUACUUUAUUUUGUACCUACUGUUAUUAAAAUGUAUGUAACUUCUGUCCUGGUACAUGGACAUCUUGGUAUCUUUUUAGAUCAAGUAUUUGUUUAAUUGAAAGAGGUGAAACGGUCAACCUAAAAUAAUAUAUAUAUAUAUGUAUAUAUAUAUACAGCCGACAGAUUAUGUAAACUAUUAAAAUAUGAGUAUAGUAUAAAUGUAAGAAUAUAUGUUUUUUAGAUUGGUUCAAUCACCGGAUGCCAUGAGUGUGUCUGUGUGUUGUCACUGCAUCAGUGAGCAAGAUCUAUACCAUGAACCAGCUGAACGUCACCCUGCAGCACAGCACACUAGAGACGAGUCAGGAGGGGGCGGAGCUUCUUUAUUUUACCAUGCCACGAGUACAGCCUUGUCCGCUACAAGAGGGGGAUUUUGCCAUAACUACAAUCGACCUACCACUUUUUCAUUCUGUUUAUUGUGCAUCAUCUCAUUGAAAUCAAAUCUAGCUUUAACAUGCGCCCUUUCCAUUACUUUAUUUUCCAGAAUGUUUUCUAGAAUAAAAUAAAAGAGGAAUCCUCCUUGUGAGAAGCA